AGGAGAAGCGGGUACAACGAGGUUUGUCCGGAGGUCCGAUGCCUGGCCGCUUUAAGCCUGAGGUCUUGGCAGGUGGCCGCUUUUGCCGGAUCAUCGCCCCGCCUGGAAACAACCAUAACAAACAUUGCAUACAUCGCAUACUGCUGUCACUCAGUCUUGAACAAUCCAGCAUCCUGCGCACUUGAUUCAACCCUCUUACACAUUCCACACAAUGGCUGCCUCUCUCGCCGCAUCAGUCGACUCCCUCCAAUCCUCCCUCAACCUCCUCGACUCUUCCAUCGACACUCUCGACGCCGGAAUUAGCGACUUCCCCCGCCUCUCCAAAGUCCUCCAAACCACCCGACACUUCGAACUCCUCCCCGAACCCACCCUCCGCGAAGCCCAACAAUCCCUCCUGGACGAAAUCACCCCCAGCAUCGCCCAUCUCCUCUCCCUAGCGUCGAACCACGUCGAGAAGCUCUCCCGGCGCGAACAAGGUCUCCGUGCAAAAUGCGAGCUGCAGGAGGGAAGACUGUAUUCGGGCGAGAGCCGCCAAGCCCCGAGCCGUCCGCAACGGAGCAGCGCAUUCGGCGAUCGGUCCAAGGCCGCCUCCGCGGCGAAAGCGGCCGAGUAUCGACGGCUGGUUCAGAAGAAGGAACGGCUUCAGUAUGCGGUCGAGAGGCUGGAGUUACAGGGUAAACAGCGGGAGCGGCAGUUGAGGAAGAGUAUGGCUUUUCAGUAGGGUGAUGGUGCUGAAUCGCAGGGCCAAUUUACCGCACACACUCUGUUCGUCUUGGACAAAGACGCAAAUCUAAGAGGCAUAUGGCAUAUACUGGGAGGGUAUGCGAGCCUAGCUUGAUCCUCGUUGUUCUGAAAUGAACGGGAAAUGAAAGUGCUCGUCGUGCUCAUUGCUUGCCUCGGGAGUUCUUGCACCACGAAGAAAGACUCGAUUAUCACGGCCUCCCAGAAGACCAAAGGAAGACAAGACGACGACGGCCUCCUUGGUUGGUAACAGGGAGAAGGUCUGACUAUGCCACCUCUACAACGCCACCUUUUGUCAGUGUUCCCUUUUUGGGGUAUGAUAACAGAAGAUGAUACUCUGGGGCUUGAAACAGGCUAGUCGAUCGGCUUCGAAGCUGUGAAUCGGAUGCUCGGCAGCACUGAAUUGUACAUAGAAUCAUUGAUAACGAAGAGAUGAGAAAUGGAGAUGCUAAUUUGAGUGAGGAGCUCAAUUAGAUACAUUAUUUAUACACAAUUUUCAAA